UUUUUUGCUUUUGUCAUCUUGUGAAAUAUAAUGUAGCUUUUUUUAUUUUUCUCGUCAAAUACGUGAUAAUGAUUCCAUUCCGCACAAAGAAUUGAACCUAAUACGCCUACACGAAACUCUAUCCGGUGUGGCGGAAAGCCCACAAUAACCAGCUGUUAUCGCCUAGCUUAUACCUCAAAGCCGGUGUUGAAUGAAAACAAAACAAGCAAUUAAAGUCGCAUGAUGCUUCGAACUUUCCAUCUUUCUUCUCUCUUUCUAAGCUGCAGCAAACGGUCUGCUUUUACAUAUUCCUUGUACCUUUCAUAUGGCAAUAACUUUGAUGUUUUUAUAUACUUUUCUCAGGUACCCGUACUUUUCUCUUACUUUAUUUAACCACGCACGCGAAAAAAAAAAAAAGACUUUAAAACAAUGAUCGUUACAAGAUCUUGAAACUCGUAAAUCGAUAUCUGUAAAUUCUGUGAACAUUGAAAAUGUCAGUGUGUUUUAUAGGAUCAAAUCAAACGCGGAUACCAGUUCAUGGCUUGAAGAUCGUGCGACUGAUUAAAACCUCCAGUCGAAUAAGUUUGGCAGGUAAUCGUCUUUGAGGCAAGGUAUCAAUGGCCAUAUUAUUUUAAAAUCCUGAGAUACAGGCAAACAAGAGUGGAAUUAACAACAAAAUUCAGACGGAUUUAUUGAUUCCGGCUAUGUCCCUGUCAUUUUAACUCGAAAAAGUUUCCUUCUGAAAUUGACAUCUACAGAACAAAAAUAAUGAGACUUAGGAACUAUGUAAAACUAGGGUUGAUUAGGGAGUCAGUAUUUGCCAUUCUAAAGCUUAUUGCUCGAUCUAGUCAGUUAUUUUAAACCGAUGUCAGCAGACCGUAAUCCGCAUUUUAUGACUAUCAAGGUAAUGGGAAGCCAAGCGAGAGUUAUCUUUAGGUUCCAUGCAAGAAACGAUAAAAAUUUGAAUUUGGAAUUAUCCUUUCAACCCCAAUUUUUAUUCCUCUUUUUCGUUAAGGCAAAAUACUCUAUUUAGGACAAGGGUGAACCACAGAAGAGUGUCAAAAACUGAUUCAUGAAAACGAUAUCUUUUUCCUUUAUUCGAGGACGACAGACUUUAUAAGGAAAAAAACUCGACUUGAAAAUCAAUGGAAAACAGUCAAUCAACAAAAUUGGCAUAUGCAGUUUUCAGAGGGGCCCUGCAUACAUAAAAAGCUAAAAGUUAAACCAAAGAUAAUUUUCGGUCACAAAAACAAAGAUAAUUUUCGGUCAAAGCUAUUUUUUUUUCAUUUCACAGUUAUACACCUCAGUUGGAAGCUACAGUUUUCCAUUUAUUUAUUUAGUGUACCAUUAACCUGAAAUGACGCGAAAGUCAAGUAUUAGAUUUUAUUCGUUGGACCACCAUGUUUGUCUCAGAUUUUAGCACUAAUCAUGCAGUUAAGGAAUGACACAGAAAUCUGUUUUAUCCGGUAUUACGUUUCCUUUAUAAUCUGAAACAUCGCCAUUCUGCAGUUAAUCUGACCGAUCUCAACUGGAGCUAUAUAGAGUCUAAAAAAGGAAAUUUACUGCUUUACAAUCAGAUAUUAGCUUACACCGACACGGCUUUGAAAAAAAGGAUUACGCUCCUAAAAUAAUUAUAAUUUUUCUAUUAUUUCCAAGAAACAGAGUCUCACCGGAUGCCAUGUGAUGAAAGUGUAUUAUCAAUUCACGAAGUUGAAAUAUUACAGGCGUAACUAAGAGCACCUGAUCUAACUUCAAAAAAAUUCGAAAAUAAAGUUCUUUAGGAUAUUCUUCUCGGUUUUCACUCUACAGAACGGAUUCAAAUUCUCUAUUUCGCCGAGGAGAAAAAAAGCGUCUUUGAUUCCUAACGCACUUGUGUUGCAAUGUUGCAUUUUCAUGAACAUUUAACAGUGUUCAAUUAAUCGUACCCCUCCAGCAAAACACAUGAAGUAAGUCAUUUUUUCAACCCGCUCUGUUUUUUGGCAGCUAUCAAUGAUAGUCUAUGAUGAAAAUAAAGAACUACAUUGAUUGUGUCUAUGGGCACAUAGACGAAAUAAGGAACAAAAAUUAUGUUUAAGUACUCUUGCAAUAUUGAACAAUAAGAAAGACAGUAUUUUACAACUAAUGCACCAAGUAUUAUGAAGUUUCUGAAUAAUUACCGUUCGGGAUUUUUAAAGGCUUUGAAAGUAACCUUAUUCAUAAAAGUUCACUUAAUGAGUUGAAAAUAACUAAUUGGAAUUGUGUUCAUUGCGCUAAACACAACAAAACCCUCCAUGCACGCUAACUAAAAUCUUUACGGCACGAUUAAAAUCUAGAGAUUUCUUGAAAUGCGCGUGUAAGGUUUGUUUCAUGAUACUGCUUGGUGUGUGUGACGAGUCAAAUUGACAUAUUCAAACAGGAUCCUCUCUCAGUGACAAGAGAAACUGGGAAAGAAAAUAAAAAUUAACUUUCCCGCUGACAGUUCAGAGAAGCUUUGUAAAUUUCAAUCAAGUGUUCUGUCAUAUUGUUUGACCAAACCACUACAACUGCUCUAUUGCAGAAAAUUAUGUUUUCUCUUUAAAAUUUGUGCUUCGUGUAAUGUAACUCUUUAGCUGGAUAGCUCACCUUAACAUAUGCCUUUACGCGCACAAAAUCGGUUGUUGAAUAUUCGCCAAUAGAAAUGACCGGUUAGAGGUAAGAAAAAAAGGGUGUAUUUUGCGGGGGAGUUUGUUUCCGGGGAUAUUUCCAAGCGCUUUCUAAAAUUUAUAACACUAUCCUGACAAUCUCGUCACUGUUUCCCACAAAUUUAUUCACAAAAAGACAGCUCUUCCGGGGAACAAAACGAAAUAUGAAGAGAAAAGUGUUUUUUAGUAUUUUACACUCCGUCGAAUGUAACUUACGCAACAUUAUGGCAAUCGUGCUCUCUCUCCUAUUUGAAAACAGCAAAUCUGAACUUUGUCAGAUGCAAAUAAGAGUAAAUUCUUGAAAGCUUUUUUCGUUUCACUUUCCCAAAAUAGACGCGCGGGACCAAUUUACAAUUAAACAAAAUAAAUAAAAUUGUUACAACACGAGGAGAUAACCACGUACUCAAUAGGAAAAAGAUCAAAAUAUGGCGGGAUGUGUCAUUUUGAGGACUUUAACGCCCCGCAACCAUUCCUCAGGAAAGUAACCUGUCACUGUUGCUAUGGUUUCCGCGGUAAAGCUGCUGCAUUAAAGGGUUUCCCACUAGACAUCUUCAUAAGAACAACUUUCCGGUCAUUAUAAAAAACACGUCAGAAUACGUCGAAACUAACCAAACAGGACCAUGGUGCUUGUUUGCACUAGAAGCACUCGUUUGUGGAUAGCCAAUCCCCUCUCCACACUUUCAUUGGUGAAUAAUGUAAGUCCAGCAGGGAUAAUUAGCAAGUUUAGUUUUGAAUUUUCCUGAAGCAAGUUUGAACCCCGAGAGCGCUAGAAAGGAAAUGACCGAGAAUCAAAUCUCUUAUCUGUUGAAAUCAUUAUAAACUCGUUGCCAAACAGCUGUACUUCAAACAUUUCACCGACUCAUCACAAUAUAGAAACUCGAUAAUAUACACAAUUGGUACAAAAAGACGGUUUCUUUGUUUGAUCAGACAGACAAAAAAGACUGAACAGGUCGAGGAUAUUAAGAGAGCUCGCUUUAGUGAAGACACAAUUCUACUUCAAGAUUGUCAUCCAGCCUUGUGAGGCCAAAUCAACCCAAUUAGAGAAGCAAACCGCACGAGUUUCCUUUGAAAUUUUAACAAGACAAAUUCGUUGGCUUUCUCCAAUCUCAGCACCUUUCGAUGCGGGCUUUCUCCCAACGUGCGAGGGAGAGCUGUUUUGGAGAGGAGCCUCGCUAAUGCACGCCUAAGACAGCAACUACAUUCCAGCUGAAACACUUCAAAUUUACUUUAAUCUCGCCGUGGGGUUUUGUUUUCUACGCAACCAUCAGAGGAAGAAAGUUAAGGUAACUCUAUUGUCAAUUCUGAAGGAUCCAAGAGUGUUUAUUUUGUUUUAGUGGCUGAUGUAGGCGUUUUUACGCGAAACGGCUCAGUUGGAGGCGAAACAAAUAACGUUGUCUACCGAUACAUUAGUAAAAAUUUCGAUUUUAAUUCACUUAAUUGCGACACUAAACAAGAGAAGGAGCCGCGCUCUUGCCGACAGGCUAAAAGCCAGCGCUCAAGGAUACAAACACUAUCGCAGAAGAUUGAAUUGGUGAAAGCACAGUCCUUCCAUCAACAGAUGCUUAAAAAGUACUUCGUGAAAGAAUUUAGCAUUCUGUCAUUGAGAAGAUCAAGUUCCUGUUUCCUUGAGAAGAGUUAGUCAUCUGGAGACGAGAACAAGUGUCACACACAAAAAACAAUUUUUCAUUUUACACGCUGCCAACAGAGCCAUCGUGUAAAACUUAUCAUUCAAACAAACUGAGACGACCUAAAACCUAAAGCUUGAGGGCUGAAGCCACGUCUAAACUACACGUUUUGCUUGUACUACUUUCCCUUGGUGAAAAUCAUCGCCUUUGGCAACUUCAAAUAUUGUAUCGUGAUUGCAGACGGCGGAUUCGUUGAUGUGAAGCAAGUUAUCGCUGGCCUCAAAGAUAACUCGACUGAAUCAAACCUGCGACCACAAUCGUGUUAAUCGACACCACAGUUAUAAGAGACACGUUGUUUUACGCCGCGCCAAAAUGACGACGAGUUUGGUGAACAACGUCUCUUACUUCCCAAACACAACGGCUACACCUCCUUCUGUGUCCGGUGAUGUCACAGCUGACACGUAUUUCAACCCAGUGUUCGAUGGGCUGUUGAUUGUCCUAAGCGUGUUGGUUGUCGCCAUAAAUCUGCUGGUUAUUUCUCUGUUCUUUCACAGAGAAUAUCUGCAGACAAAAACCAACAGUCUGCUUAUCAGUCUGGCCGUGUCCGAUCUCUUGGUUGGCUUACUGGGGAUUCCACUGAACAUUGCCUGCAACGCGUUCCUAGAGGAAGGAGUGUGCACCGCCGCUGCUCUCAUCUACCGGUUCAUUGCCGUCUCCACUAUGUACCACAUUCUCGUUGUAACUUUGGAGAGAUACAUCUAUGUCAUGUAUCCCAUGAAGUACAUCAACAUCGUGACAGGACCUCGGUUACUUAUGGCUAUAGCUGGCCUUUGGCUCUUAUCAAUUUUCUUCUCGCUUAUUCAACUCGCGUGGGAAGACCCAACGAAAUUCUUCGAACCUCGCGACCAAGUCUGGCGAAACUAUGCGCUGGGUUAUAACAUCUUCGGUAUCGUGUUCACUUUUUUUCUCCCAGCUGUCUUCAUGGCCAUCAGCUAUGUACGUAUGUUCAUGGUGAUCCACCGGCAAAUUAAAGAAAUCCGUGGCCUUUACAACACGCGUAACGGAGUAACCGCAAACCAGCGAGCGCCGAUCGCAACUGAAGCUCGUGCUCUGUUCAUCUUUGCUCUGAUGUUGACUGUCUUCAUAGUUUGCUGGCUGUCUUUCUAUGUGACCGGCUUUCUGAUCUUUAUGAUGGACUUAAGGUCGCUACCCCAUAAAGCGCUUAUGGCGUUUGAUUAUAUUCGUUUUGCAGUGGCGUUCGUGAAUCCGAUUUUGUACGCGUUUCUCAAGCGAGAUUUUUCCAGGGCUCUGAAAUCUUUCUGCAGAAGAGAUGGCGUGCAGCCCGGCGAGAUGGCCUCGUCAAAUUCAAUCUCUCGCUUUCGCACUAUCACGAUCAACUUCUCACUGUCGAGAUCUUCAGACAUGUACAGAGAUUAGAAAUACUAAAGGGUGUUUUAGCAUAUCGGGCUCUUCCGCGCGAAGCCAUGGUUUGAGUGGUCUCCAACCAGCAGAACUAAACGACUUUGAAGGAGACUUGUUGAAUGAUUUGUUUCCGGGAAGAUUCACGACGGCACUUCAACGGAAAGUUGCGUCUGACGGAAAAAAAUUAGCAAAUACGAGAACGGAAUAAAAACUGAACUGAAGCAGUACAAGCAGUAGUUUCACCUGAUUAAUACGAGCUUGUGUAACAAACACAUUUUUCCCGUGUAGUUUCUCGUGUGCGGAUGGGUGGUGAUAAUCGGCUUGCUUUUCUUUGGCUAGUUGAUCAGCUCACGCACGGAACACUGAAACCACAAAAUAAACUUUGACUGUGAACUUUGCAAAAUGCGGGAUCUCCGUUCGUUUCAAGUCAUGCAAUGCAUAUUGGUUUGACAAACAUGAACGAUUGUACCAGCCCCAUUGCCGCGCGAAAAUGAGCAAAAAAACUUUAAUGAGGUAACGAAGUGUCCUCCGUCACAGCGGCGAAACAUGGUGGUAUGUGUGUUUUCUCAUUCGCUCAGUGAAGGCCCACUAUAGGAAACAAAAAAGAAACCUUUAUAGUUCGCAGGUGUAAAUUGAUAUCGUUCAGUGUUGAAAAGUGAAUCCAAUAAGACAUCAGCAUUUAUGAAAUUCUAUAAUAGAGUUAAGGGUGCGAAAAACAGUUUGGAUGUUUUCGAUUUUUUGCGGUAGAGCACAAGGAUAACAUCAGACACAGUCGUAAAAACUGACCUAAAUUUAUUUGAAAAAUUUUUCAGUGGCUACAGUAGUUAAUUCCGGUUUCAUUGUGUAAAGAUAAAACAUGUUUUCUCUCUGAGGGAUGAAAAAUGACUCGUUUACGCUGUAAAGGUGUGAUUAUGUUACGGAUAUCGAGUUAAUUUUUUGUGUUUUCCGGUAGUUUGCCGAAACCCGAACCGCGAAACACACAAAACAGAGCUGCAGGCAGCCAGCCUUUUCCAUUAUCAAAAUUGACAAGUCAUAAAACAGUACCAAUUGCUGGCGUAAUUCCUGCCUGAAUUACUUUUUCAAUGAAGAAAUUCUUCAAAAUAAAGGACCGCUUUCCUUUGCUUUUAACAGUUGAAACAAAACGUGUACAAUGGCAAACAUAACAGAAAGAACUAGAAAAAAUAUUGAAUUGUUCUUAACUUUGCAAGGUGUGCGACGUGUGUUUGCCUAUUCCUUGUUUUAUUUUCGUGUUGUUUGUUUUCCUUCUAACACAAAUAGUAGAUUUUUAAAAGCUUGCAGUUAAUAAGGUUGAAAAGAUUCAGGAGGCACCUAUUCCUAAGUGUACCGAGUGGAAACCUGAUAAAAGUUUGUUAUUGAUGCUUCGCUCUAAUAGAAAACUUAUUCGUUUUCCUUCAAGAGAGAUUUCUCAUGAUAAAAAUUCUCUAUCUUUCUUGUCAAUUAAUGGAAAUUUUGCGACACUUCCGUUCGCGCCUUGGCAUUUUACAUAAUUUUCAAAGGCAAACAAAACACAAAAUUUAAACUAAGUCGAAAAAUCAAAAUGCGCUAUAUAAAACAGGAUUCUUUAUUGAAAGAAAGCUCUUCCAUAGUCUGAAAACUAGAACUUGAAAUGUUACUUUUAACAGUCUUCUUUGAACGCUUCGAAAUGAUUUGAUCAAGAAAGACCAAACAAGACGCAAAAAUAUAUUCGUAUUUUAAUAAUGACACAAGUUGGUAUUCUCUUUAAAAAAUAUAAUGUUAAAAUGUACAAAUGCAACGUAUCUCUCAAAAGGUGUCCGGUUUUUACCGUCUCCAAAAUUGCCUGUAAAUUAAAAGGUGAUGUUAUCAUAAGAAAAGCCAUGACUUCUCGGCUUCCUCCUGAAAAACCAAUGAAAAGGCUAUGCAGUUUGCGGGCUUUUCAUUCGAGGGAAAUCAAUGUAAAUGUGUUUGCAAGAUUCUCAGCUAGGUAGUGUAGCAUGUAGUGUAUAUAGUUCACGGUAUUUUCACGACUAAUGUAAACUGUUUUUGUGUCAGAUUGUACAGCACAUGUUACAUUGAAUAAAGUACAGCAACAUCAAGCAA